GCUCCGGGGCCAUCAUCGCUGCCGUCCCGCAGGCUCGCCAGCCGGCCGCCAGGAUGUCGUACAUGCUGCCGCACUUGCACAACGGGUGGCAGGUGGACCAGGCCAUCCUGUCGGAGGAGGACCGGGUGGUGGUCAUCCGCUUCGGGCACGACUGGGACCCCACGUGCAUGAAGAUGGACGAGGUGCUGUACAGCAUCGCCGAGAAGGUUAAAAACUUUGCUGUUAUUUAUCUUGUGGACAUCACUGAAGUACCAGACUUCAACAAGAUGUACGAGUUGUACGAUCCCUGUACCGUCAUGUUUUUCUUCAGGAACAAACACAUCAUGAUUGAUUUAGGUACAGGUAAUAACAACAAGAUCAACUGGGCAAUGGAAGAUAAGCAGGAGAUGAUUGACAUUAUAGAAACUGUUUAUAGAGGAGCCCGCAAAGGUCGAGGUUUGGUGGUAUCGCCGAAAGAUUAUUCCACUAAAUACAGAUAUUGAUGUUCCUUUGGGCUGCCUUUUUUCAUAAUUCUAUGUCCACUUAAAUUUAUUUCUGUGUGUGUGUGUGUACAUAUAUGUAUAUUAAAAGAGAAAAACCCUACAAGUCCUUGAAUUUUGAGCAUAAUUUGAAUUAUUUAAAAGAUUUGGAUUCUGUUUGAGAAGUAGAAGAGACUCAAAGCCUGGAACUGUCUUGACAGCUGUAAUACUACAGCUGAAUUUUGGGCUUUUCUUUUUUAAAGACUUUCUCCUUUGUUGUCAAUUUUGGUAUUACAUAUUCUUGUACACAAAAAGCCUGUAUGCAGAAAAACAUUUCAACUGGUUUUGUUUGCUUUUAUUACACAAUA